CCUGAUUCACCUUUUGCAGGACAUUUUAAUAUUUCUGGAUCAUUAUCGGAUACUGUUAUUGAUAAUAAUACCUUACUUGUUUUUGGAUUUGGAAAAGAAACUGGAGAAAGUCUGUUAGCAACACCGUAUGCUGCUUUUGCAUGUUAUGAAAAUAUUAAUCCUCCUUGUCCAAUUGAUAGUGGA